AUGCAUCACACCAACUUACUUCUAUUCAUCUUAACCACUCUUGCUACAUCCGAAACAAUACAGAAGAGACAGCUGUUCCGAGAGCAGCUUCUCCCUCAUAUGGGUGGAAAAGUUCCAGAAUCUGCGUUCUGGACCGACAGAUUGGCUUUGAACCAAUUGAACGCUAGAGGAAUAUACAGUUCCACUGGUAUCUAUCUUGAGCACAGCCAUGAUAAGCCAAAUCCAGAAAACGGGCAUCCUGGAACGCAAUUCAUGCAGGUGAGGGUGCCGGAUGAGAGUCGCUAUGUUGGAUCUGCGGGAAGACAUUUCUACGAAUCAAUACCGUCCUUGGAUACUACUUAUGUUAUUAGAGAUCCAGUUCGGAUGGUUAUCAAACCCCAUACUUUCAGGCAGUCCCUUUACAUACCGUAUACUUCGCUGAAACUGUCCAGGUAUUAUAACCAGAGGAAGGCGCAGAAGAACAGGGAGGCGCCGUGGAACGAUUUGGACGAUUUCUCAUCACAGGCAAAAAGGGAGUACGAGCCCUAUCUGAAAAAGCUCCACGAGGUGGAUAAGUGAUGGCGGAAGGAGGUGGACGAACAGGACGAAAAGGAAUACACACAUAUGAAAGCAUGAAUUAAUCAAAACGAAGCAGAG